GAAGACAGAGCCGUCAGCCGAGUCACACUUGUCGUCGAGUAACCAGCGGAUCGAGCUGCGUCCGCGUGUGCGCGCCCGAUACAUCGGCAGCCCCCAGCGAUCCCAGCGCCGAUCAGCGCGCCGACGACUUUUUCCGGCUGACGCGAUAGUGAGCCGCCUCACUGGCGCGCGCGACGCCGCGGAGAGGAGGAUUCAGUGCAAUCACGCGGCCAUGGCCCGCGCGUCCGAGGGGCCGCGCUAGCGGACAUGGGAGCUGCGCGCCGAGGGGAUCUCGCUGCCGUGGCCCCGCUAGUGACUGUGCACCACUGACAGGUUUGCGGAACCGCGAGCGCGAUGCUCGGCUGAGGCGCGAGCCGCCCGCUGAACCGCAAUGUCCGGCGAGACGGAGAUCGAGGUGUCGGUCGUCUCCGAGGAGGACCUCGAGCUGGAAGCGUCCCGCAGCAGCCCGACGCCCGGCGACAUGCUGCUCCAGGACGGCAAGAACGGCAAGUCGAGCUGCCUCUCCUCGACCAACCCCUUCGGCUUCGAGGUCGGCAAGGCGGCCCUGCGCCCGGCCUGCAACCCCCAGUACACGUCCUUCAGCAUCUCCAGCAUCCUGGGCCGCGCCGAGUCGCCGCCGUCGGACUCGGCCUCCGCCGGCAGGGCCUCGCCGGCCAGCCAGCACCAGCUGCACAACAAGAACAACAACGGCAGCGCCGCCGGCAACAGGGAGAGCCAGGGCAGGAGCUCGGCCAGCCCCGGCGCGAGGCUCCGGCCGACGGAGGCCGCGGGGCUGGCCGGGAUCACCACCUCCAGCAGCAGUGCCGCGAGCUUCGCAGCGCCCGAGGCCAACAGCUCGCUCAUCAGCCAGCAGGCCUCCGCGGACCUCAGCAUGCUCUCGAGGCUGGGCUUGAUGUCCUCGAUAAUAGCGAGCCGCUACCCGGUGGGCAUAGGCGUCGGCAGCGUCUUCUUCCCCUCGACGCUGCAGCACCUGCACCAGCAGCACCAGCACCACUCGCGACUGACGGCGGCGGCGGUGGCCUCGGCCUCGGCCUCGGGCCAGUCCGAGGCGAUGGCCGAGGCCGACGGCAUGAGGGCAGUUCUGCCAGGAAACGCCGCCUGGCCCUUCCCCUGGAACAGGCCCCACGGCCUGCAGGGCCUCGAGCACCCCACGCCCAGCGAGCCGGCCGGGGUGAGCUUCAGCAGGAUCAGCCCGACGUCGGGCUCGUUCCCGCAGAGAGCAGAGGACCUGGAGGACGACGCGACGACGGAGGAGCGCGUGCGCCGCUCCAGGAGUCCCCUCAGCGGCGACGAGGCGUCCCACGACGAGCUGGGCGUCGACGACGACGGGCCCGACGGCGACGGGGACGGCGACAACCGCUCGGGCCUCCACGGCGGCAGCAACGGCAGCGGCCAGUCGGUCCAGGUCGGCGGCGACGGCCGCGACUCCAACAGCAUGAAGCGCAAGAAGAAGACGCGCACCGUCUUCUCGAGGGCCCAGGUCUUCCAGCUCGAGAGCACCUUCGACAUCAAGCGCUACCUCUCCUCCUCGGAGCGGGCCCAGCUCGCCCAGUCCCUGAGACUGACGGAGACGCAGGUGAAGAUCUGGUUCCAGAACCGCCGCAACAAGUGGAAGCGGCAGCUGGCCGCCGAGCUGGAGACCAACAGCAUCGUGCACGCGCAGCGCCUGGUCCGCGUGCCGAUCCUCUACCACGAGGCCUCGGUGCCGCCGAGCAGCAUCGGCUCGUCCGUCGGGCCCCAGGCCCCGGGCCCGCCCUCGGUCUCCUCGGCAUCGGGGCUGGCCCACCCGGUCCCGGUCGGCGGCACCCCCACGACGGCCCAGCCCAUCUUCUACCCCCACCACCACCACCACCACCACCACGUGGCGGCGGCCCACGGGCUGAUGGCCCACCAGGUGCAUCCGCAGCCGCCGCCGCCCCCGCCGCCGCCGCCCAACUCCCAGGCGGCCGUCACCUCGACGCAAUAGCGCAACGGCUUCCGGGUGCUCAGCCUCUGCGGACUCGCGCGCGACUGAGCCGUCGGGGGCUUUUCUCUCUCUCUCUCUCUCUCUCUCUCUCUCUCUCUCUCUCUCUCUCUCUCUCUUUCUAUCUCUCUGUGAUGGUGAUGACGAUCUGCUCCGAGAGCGAAUGACGCGCGGGACUUUUGAAUUUAUCGAUCAUAAUUUGAGAUCUGUGUAUGUGUACAUAUAUAUAUUAGGUAGAUCCGUGUUUAAGUGCAGCUGUACGGUGGAUGAAUGGUGUACCUUGUAUCAUAUAUCCUUUCGUUUCUCGAUGUCACGACGACGUUUCCAAAGACCGGAGUCGAUGGCCUCGACUUGUAGCUUUAGUUUGCGCAGUUUUGCCUUUCGUUGCGCGCGAAAUAAGAGUCAAACUGUAUAAGUAACAAUGAACGAUAUGAGCUGCAGGCGUUGAUGUGCGUGUUGCAUAGACUUUCGACGUUUCGAUUCGCGGUAGGUUCCUACGAGUACGAGAUAUAUAUAUAUAUAUAUCUCGUAUAAGUAUAUAAAUAUACAUAUGAUUAUGUGGCGACAUUGACCGCAGCGGAUAAAAGUCGAAAUAAUUGUUUCUUUUUUUCAAAGGAAAAACGAAAAAUAAUAUUUAUUGGUGCUUAAU